AGGGGGCCGGACGGGGCGGAGCAGGCGGCAUUUGCGGCCGGCGCCGGGGUGGAGAGUUGUGCGCCGGUUCCUGGGCCUGAGCUCCGGCUCCGGCUAGGGCGCCUGCGAUGUCUCAAGAUGGCGGAGCUGGGCGAAUUAAAGCACAUGGUGAUGAGUUUCCGGGUGUCUGAGCUUCAGGUGCUUCUUGGCUUUGCUGGCCGGAAUAAGAGUGGACGGAAGCACGAGCUCCUGGCCAAGGCUCUGCACCUCCUGAAGUCCAGCUGUGCCCCUAGUGUCCAGAUGAAGAUCAAAGAGCUUUACCGACGACGCUUUCCCCGGAAGACCCUGGGGCCCUCUGAUCUCUCCCUUCUCUCUUUGCCCCCUGGCACCUCUCCUGUAGGCUCCCCUGGUCCUCUAGCUCCCAUUCCCCCAACCCUGUUGGCCCCUGGCACCCUGCUGGGCCCCAAGCGUGAGGUGGACAUGCACCCCCCUCUGCCCCAGCCUGUGCACCCUGAUGUCACCAUGAAACCAUUGCCCUUCUAUGAAGUCUAUGGGGAGCUCAUCCGGCCCACCACCCUUGCAUCCACUUCUAGCCAGCGGUUUGAGGAAGCGCACUUUACCUUUGCCCUCACACCCCAGCAAGUGCAGCAGAUUCUUACAUCCAGAGAGGUUCUGCCAGGAGCCAAAUGUGAUUAUACCAUACAGGUGCAGCUAAGGUUCUGUCUCUGUGAGACCAGCUGCCCCCAGGAAGAUUAUUUUCCCCCCAACCUCUUUGUCAAGGUCAAUGGGAAACUGUGCCCCCUGCCGGGUUACCUUCCCCCAACCAAGAAUGGGGCCGAGCCCAAGAGGCCCAGCCGCCCCAUCAACAUCACACCCCUGGCUCGACUCUCAGCCACUGUUCCCAACACCAUUGUGGUCAAUUGGUCAUCUGAGUUUGGACGGAAUUACUCCUUGUCUGUGUACCUGGUGAGGCAGUUGACUGCAGGAACCCUUCUACAAAAACUCAGAGCAAAGGGUAUCCGGAACCCAGACCACUCGCGGGCACUGAUCAAGGAGAAAUUGACUGCUGAUCCUGACAGUGAGGUGGCCACUACGAGUCUCCGGGUGUCACUCAUGUGCCCGAGCUUCGAUGCUGCCCUUUAUCUACAGAUGAAUGAGAAGAAGCCUACGUGGACAUGUCCUGUGUGUGACAAGAAGGCUCCCUAUGAAUCUCUUAUCAUUGAUGGUUUAUUUAUGGAGAUUCUUAGUUCCUGUUCAGAUUGUGAUGAGAUCCAAUUCAUGGAAGAUGGAUCCUGGUGCCCAAUGAAACCCAAGAAGGAGGCAUCUGAGGUUUGCCCCCCGCCAGGGUAUGGGCUGGAUGGCCUCCAGUACAGCCCAGUCCAGGAGGGAAAUCCAUCAGAGAAUAAGAAGAAGGUCGAAGUUAUUGACUUGACAAUAGAAAGCUCAUCAGAUGAGGAGGAUCUGCCCCCUACCAAGAAGCACUGUUCUGUCACCUCAGCUGCCAUCCCGGCCCUACCUGGAAGCAAAGGAGUCCUGACGUCUGGCCACCAGCCAUCCUCGGUGCUCAGGAGCCCUGCUAUGGGCACGUUGGGUGGGGAUUUCCUGUCCAGUCUCCCACUACAUGAGUACCCACCUGCCUUCCCACUGGGAGCCGACAUCCAAGGUAUGACAUGGAUCAUAAGAUGGACCCUGCACGGCCACACCCUCCCCAGAGCUACAUCAGAACCCCUGUUCCUUCUCAAAGCCUCCUGCUUCUCCUGCAAGGGGCCACAGUCCAAAGUGCUUUGUCUUUUGGCGGUAAAGGGGUCAGAUAGGAGGUUAAUUUUGAUUUUUCUUUUCCUGCCAGGUUUAGAUUUAUUUUCAUUUCUUCAGACAGAGAGUCAGGUAAGUGGUUCUUUCUUCAGAAGGUCUCAGAUCUCUGAAGCUUCCUUUCUAGGCACUGAUGGGGCCCCUCCCUCUCUUAUGAUCUCUGGGGAUGUAAAUCUGCUUUCCCGUGAGGACAGUGAGGUGUAGGUAGCUUAUUACCUCCUCAGCCCCACUGGUAGUUCCUGAGAUUCCUACUUAGGCCUGCUUCCUAGAUCCCCUGUUAAUUUUCUGCCCUGGCCUACUCACCCCCACCCCCGUGUGCACUUAGAGCACCAUGCCUGCUCUAACCGGACAUUCCACACAUUUCAGACGCCCACAAAGCCAAGAACCUAACAAGUUGGAGGAGCUCUCUCAAGGCAGGGAAAGGGGAAGGGUGUGGGGAAGUAGGGGAAAGAGGGAGAGGCUCUCCCGCUUCUCAAGAGAAUACCUUGGGAUCCACAGGGGUUGAUUGCUCUCAUACGGCAUUUCUGAGAUGAGUGACUAGGAGGUGGGGAAGUCAGGAUGAGAUCUUAAACUAUGCCCUUGAUUCUUCCUAGCACUAUGGCCCCUCCGUCAUCACCUCACUAGAUGAACAGGAUGCCCUUGGCCACUUUUUCCAGUACCGAGGGACCCCUUCUCACUUUCUGGGCCCACUGGCCCCCACGUUGGGGAGUUCCCACCGCAGCGCCACUCCGGCACCCCCUCCUGGCCGUGUCAGCAGCAUUGUGGCCCCUGGGGGGGCCUUGAGGGAGGGGCAUGGAGGACCCCUGCCCUCAGGUCCCUCUUUGACUGGCUGUCGGUCAGACAUCAUUUCCCUGGACUGAGUUCCUCGGAUUAUGGCAACUUCGCUGUCCCCAACACUGAGGAGGUAUGCUGUGGAGUCCUAACCCCAGCUACUCUGAUCCCUCUGGGGGUUCUGGCCAAGGGCCAGACAGACGUUCACAGAUGCCUACUUUUGGCCUCAUCUCUGCCUGACAAGGCCAGCACCCAAAGGGUUAAUAUUGAACCUGUUUUUAAGGACACUGGGGUCUGUUUUUGGAAAUGUUCUUUAGAUGGUGGCACAUUCCUUUGGGUAUGUUAACCUAGGCAGUGGGAGGCAAAUGGGAUGGGAUGUGAGCUGGAAGAAGGGCUGAACCCUCAGCCUUGACUAUGUCUAGAGCCUCUUGGGAAAGGGGCACCUCUCUUGAACCCCAAAUGCUCUCUUGUUAUCCCCCAAAUCCAUGGCUCUAUUUCUUCUUCACAUCCAUUGUCUCUUCAUGUCCAUUCCAUUCCCUUCGGCCAAACAGACAGGUGGAAAAACUGAGACAGGCAGUUUCAGAGAUGGACAGAGAACUUUAUUUUGGAUUGUGGAUGUGGACUUUUUUGUACAUAAAUAAGAAAAACCAAAAUACUCCAAAGAUGACUUCCCCUGCCUCCUACUCCAGUAUGACAGAGGAGGAUGUAAGGCCUUAGCCAUGAUCCCCAGGGGUUUGGGAGUCAGGCCCGGCCUAUUGCUUGGGUCUCUCUCUAUUUAUAUAUUUAAGUUCACAGUGUUUCUUAUUCCACCCUAAGCUUCUAGAGGCUCAUGGCCCUGUGGUUAGGCCUGGCUCAUUCUGCACCUUUCCAGGGAGGUGGAAGGACCCUGUGCCCUCCUUCCCAAUCUUCUUUUUCAGGCUCGCCAAGGCCUAGGACCUAUGUUGUAAUUUUACUUUUUAUUUCUAAAGUUGUAGUGAAGCUCUCACCCAUAAUAAAGAUUGUGAAUGUUC